AUGGCGUUGACGUGCGACUGCCCGAUGUCGCAGCCGGGGCCGACGCUAGCGUCGACUUGCGGCGGCGGCGCAUUCAUGCUGUUCAUGGGACUGCUGGAGGUGUUCCUGCGCAGCCAGUGUGACCUCGAGGACCCCUGCGGAAGGACACAGUUCCGUCAACACAUGGACUCGGUGUAUGACUUCAUAGUGAUUGGUGGGGGAUCGGCGGGCUCGGUGGUCGCAUCACGCCUCUCUGAAGUGCCACACUGGAAGGUGCUACUGGUUGAAGCAGGUUUUGACGAGCCAACUGGCGCGCAGGUGCCAUCGAUGUUCCUAAACUUCAUAGGGUCCAGCAUAGACUGGGGAUAUAGCACAGAACCUGAGCCGGCCGCCUGCCUCGGGGAGAAGGACAGAAAGUGCUACUGGCCCAGAGGAAAGGUGCUUGGCGGCACAUCGGUCAUGAACGGAAUGAUGUAUAUGCGCGGCUCCCGCAAGGACUACGACUCAUGGGCAGCCGCCGGUAUAGAAGGGUGGUCCUACGACGAGGUGCUGCCGUUCUUUCUCAAAUCUGAAGACAACAAACAAGUGGACAAGAUGGACAGAGGCUACCACGGCACCGGCGGCCCCCUUACUGUAUCGCAGUUCCCCUACCAUCCGCCCUUGAGUUACAGUCUCAUCAAGGCGGCAGAAGAAUUAGGCUACCCGGCUGGGGAGCUCCGAGACCUGAACGGCGAGCACCACACGGGCUUCGCGAUCGCCCAAACGACGAACCGCAACGGGUCGCGCCUGAGCGUCGCCCGCGCCUUCCUGCGGCCGGCGCGCGACCGCCCGAACCUGCACGUGAUGCUCAACACCACGGCCACCAGGAUCCUGAUCGACGAGACCACCAAGCAGGCUUACGCGGUCGAAGUGAGGAACAGCCGCGGCGAAACCGAAACCAUCUUCGCCAACAACGAGAUCGUUCUGAGAUCGAACGAAGGAAUAAUACAAUAUUUUAUAGGUAAAUAUAUAGGAUUAAUAUCACUAAUAUUUAAUUUAAUAUUUAAUAAUAUUAUAUUUGAGCCAAAAAUUAUUAAGUGUAGACCAAUUACUAAAAUACGCCUAGAUAAUUUUAAAAAUAACAUAGAUGAGAAAUUAAUUGAAAUGGUAUGGUAAUAAUGGUAUCUUUAUAGUAAUCUAUUCUGCCUUAUAAAAAAUGAAUUCGAAAAGGCUUUUCCGUUUAAGACCGUAAAAGUUACACAGAAGUUACAGUUCUGUGACUGGGCUACAACAGGUAUUUAUAAAAGUAGAAACAAACUUAAUGAAUUAUACGCUUUAAGAAAAUAUAACCAUAAUCAAAAUUUCAUUGAUUACGUGAAGAAUUAUUCGAAAGUAUUUAAAAGGGUGUGUUUUGCGGCAAAGUCAAAUUUUAUUAAAGAAAAAAUAAAGAAUUCCAAUAAUAAAGUCAAAACAACUUGGAAUAUAAUAAACCAUGAAACCGGUAAGGAGCAAAUACGUGAAGAUAUCUGACACUUAACUUUAAUAACACGACCAUCAAAUCUCAUGAUAAAAUUGCUAAUAUAUUUGAUGAGUAUUUUUUUAAACAUACCAGUUGAAACAACAAAUGGUUUAAAUUCUUCACCAACUGCCGUAAAGGCUAUUUUAGAAAAAUACGUGCCUAAGAUAGACAGCCAGUUUAAAUUUAAAUAUAUUAGUUUCUUAGAUAUUAUUAAAACUUUUAAUUGUCUGAAAAUUAAAAACACGUGAUUAAUGGGGCAUAUCUCUUAAUAUUAUUAAAAUUAUAGUUCAUGUUAUAGCCCCUUACUUGACUGAUAUAUUUAAUCUUUGUAUAGAUGAAGGAAUUUUUCCAAAUCUUAUGAAGCUAAGCAAAGUUAUACCUCUUUUUAAAUCCGGAAAUAGGGAAGACCAUAGUAAUUAAAGACCUAUAUCAAUAUUACCGACGUUAAGUAAAAUCUUUGAAAAAAUUAUUCUUGAAUAGUUAUUGUCUUAUUUUAAUUUAAAUAAAUUACUGCAUACUAAAUAAUAUGGUUUCAAAAAAGGUCACUCUACUGCUGAUGCUGGUGUAGCACUUCUUAAACACAUAUUCUUGGAGUAUUUUGUGACUUAUCCAAAGCAUUUGAUUGCGUUGAGCAUCAAACACUAGUAACGAAGCUAAAUUACUAUGGUAUCAAAGACUCCGCCCUACAACUAAUAUUGUCGUACCUCAGUUGCAGAACUCAAACUAUCGAUAUUAACGGUGUGAGAUCAUCUGGAUCACAAGUAAAAAUGGGAGUUCCCCAGGGAUCUAUUCUGGGUCCCUUUCUGUUUCUAACUUACAUAAAUGAUUUGCCAUUUUUUGCCGAAACUUUAUGCGAUAUAGUAUUGUUUGCAGAUGAUACUUCUUUAAUAUUUAAUAUUGAUAGAUGUAAAAAUAAUUUUGACGAUGUAAACAAUGCUCUCUCACAGAUUAUGACCUGGUUUACUGUAAAUAAUCUCCAGUUAAAUGCUAAAAAAACGAAAUGUAUAAAGUUUAUGUUACCUAAUGUAAAAGCUGAACUUACAGAAAUUAAACUUAAUGAUGAAAAGCUCGAGUUGGUUGAUUCAACAAUCUUCUUAGGUGUAACGCUGGAUUCUAAAUUGCAAUGGCAUCCUCUUAUUUCGUUAUUGGCAGGAAAACUAAGUUCAGUUACCUUUGCAAUAAAAAAAAUUAGGCAACUUACAGAUGUAGAUACCGCUAGGACAGUAUACUUUAGUUAUUUCCAUAGCGUUAUGUCAUAUGGCAUUCUAGUGUGGGGUAUGGCUGCAGAUAUAGAGUCUAUAUUUAUUUUACAAAAAAAAGCAGUAAGGGCCAUUUAUCAAUUGGGUUCAAGAACAUCACUUAGAGAUAAAUUCAAAGAAAUUGGGAUAUUAACAGUGGCCUCCCAAUUCAUAUACAAUUGUAUACUUUAUGUUAGAAACAAUAUUAACAAUUAUAUUAAACAUAGUCAUGUACACAAUUUUAAUACUAGAAACAAAGAUAAACUUGUUUUGCCGUCAUGCAGGCUAAAGAAGGUUCUAUCGUCAUUUAUGGGUCAUGGUGUACACUACUAUAACAAAAUUCCUAUGGAAAUUUUAAAUUUACCAUUACCUAAGUUUAAAACCCAUAUUAAGAAUUGUCUACUCAGUAAAGGAUAUUAUACUGUUAAUGAAUAUUUAAACGACAAAACUGCUUGGAGUUAAAUAUGGCUCAUUUUUCAUAUAUAUUAAAUUGUUAAUCGGUGAGCUUCUUUGGCUACAAAUGUGAUUGGAUUGACGAAAAUACUGUUUUACUCUAAUAUUGUGUAAUAUUGUAAUGGAAAGUGACUUCAAAUUUUAAUGAAGUCAUUUUUCAAUCUUGACGCUCUGUAUGAAAUAAAACAGGGAGAAAAAAGCAGCCCUUGCCGAGUUUCUUGCCGGUUCUUCUCGGUACAAGGUCUCCCGCCGUAGAUUUACGAACCGAUGGCGUAGCUCUCGACUUUCACAAGUGCUCGUAACAGCCUAGACUGAAUAGAUAAUUUUGAUUUGAUUUGCAGCGCGGGCGCGGUGGCGUCGCCGCAGCUGCUGCAGCUGAGCGGCGUGGGCCCGGCGGCGGCGCUGCGGCGCGCGGGCGUGCGCGUGCGGGCGCCGCUGGAGGCCGUGGGCCGCAACCUGCACAACCACGUGGCGCACUUCCUCAGCUUCCGCAUCAGCGACAACGACACCGCGCCCCUCAACUGGGCCACCGCCAUGGAGUACCUGCUCUUCAGGGACGGCCUCAUGUCCGGCACCGGUGAGGCCGAUCUAUUUAUAUUUCCAUCGACAAACGACAGACGAGCUUUAACCCCCCGAACAGAGAUCUUUAACCAAAAAUUUCGCCCAGGCAUAUCGGAAGUGACCGGCUUCAUCAACACCAAGUAUGCAGAUCCGGCAGGAGACAAUCCGGACGUUCAGAUCUUCUUCGGGGGUUUCCUGGCCGAUUGCGCGAAGACCGGCAUGGUGGGAGAGAGGGUGGGCAACGGCUCUCGAACUAUACAAAUUUUCCCCACGGUCCUGCGGCCUAAGAGCAGAGGCCGCUUGGAGAUCGCCUCGUCUGAUCCUUUCGCCCAUCCUAAGAUAUUCGCAAACUACUUAACCCACCCGGACGACGUGAAAACCCUCAUCGAGGGUAUAAAAUUCGCCAUCAAGCUGUCGGAGACCAAGGCCCUAAAACGUUACGGCAUGAAACUGGACAGGACGCCGGUGAAGGGAUGCGAGAAGUUGAAAUUCGGGUGCGACGCGUACUGGGAGUGCGCCGUGCGCAUGCAGACCGCGCCCGAGAACCACCAGGCCGGCUCCUGCAGGAUGGGACCGCGCGGGGACCCCGCCGCCGUGCUGGACCCGCUGCUGCAGGAGGAAGUAUCUGGAGAAUUCGGCUCGCCGGAUUCUAGAGUUCGUUCAUUCUCGAUCGGGAGAAUAUGCCAGAACGUAGCACCGGGCGGACAAAUUUACAAAAGAGGGACCUACGUAUAUCAUUCCAGGGGUGCGACCUCCUAACUCUCGAGCCGACACCCGAACGAUGCAUACGCAAUAUUUCGUUUUAUUUUAGUACUUUAACUUUUGAGGGGUAAAUUUUGGAUAAGCGACCGAGUCGGGAACGCCGCUGUGAAAUCUGCGAAAUCUGUGAAAUCUUUAUAUUAAUGAGCGACUCACGGGUUAUAACCGUAUGCUAUUCCAGAAGGCACGAGCAUUAGCCCGUGA